AAUACCGAAGCCCUCGGGUGGGCGUCUUCUUGGUUGCUGUAAUUGUCCUCUCACCUUCGGCCGCCUUCUAUCGACCCUGCAAACGCCGCCGCUAAGCUUUCAUAAAUACGAUUUACUAUAUAUAUAUAUAUAUAUAUAUAUAUGAAAACGGGGAUUCGUAUGCUACACUUUUAUUGUGGAAUUGCGUAUUGACAGUCGAACAUGAUGGAGAAUUCUUUAAGUCUUGGCGAAGGGAUCGAAAAAUUGAAUAAUGGCAAAACGAAUCGCGGCACUCAGAAACGUAGCCUUGAGAUGGUUGGCAAGGAGUCGAGGGACGUUAAGAGGAUUUUACUUUCAUUGAGGAAGCCAUCCCACACGCUCAAAAUUGGUUCCGAGAAUGUACGGACCAAAAAUCGAGCUAGAUUGCGCCGCCUUCUCAGCCGUCUUGUGCGGCAGCACAACUGGGAUGAAGCGAGCGGUGUCCUUAGCGUCCUACUCAAAGGCACUCCCAACGAGAAGUCUCCUCCGAACAAUCGGACCAAGUAUUGGGUAGCAAUGGAGCUUCUCAGGCAUAUAAGAGGUGAACCUAUCAACUUGAGCAAGAUCCAGCAUGUUUAUGAAAUUUGGAUGAAAAGGAUUGGAUCAAUGAAAAAUUGGCCAAUAAAGGAUAGAAUUGUGGUGCAAUUGGAAUUCAUCCUUUUUUGUCUUAAACAAGGAAGUGUUGAGAAUGCACAUCAGGCAGUUCUAUGUCUAAUGCAGCAACCUGAAUUUGGAAAUGACCCAGUUUCAAAUAUGGUUGUGGGGUUGACUUUUUGUCAGUUGUGGUAUUCUUCUAUUCCUGAAGAGCUUCAGCUGAGAGAUUCAGAAGAGGCUUACCACCCUGUGCAUACAGAGAUGUCAGAAACAAGAUUUGAUGUUUCACUUGAGAACUAUGAGGGUCAUGAUGCAACUGACACCCAUGAAGCUGGUUCUUCGUUUAAACCUGAUUCUGACACCUCUGUAAGGAAUGACAAAGAUGUAGCUCUAAAUGAUGAUGUUCACCACCAUACAGAAGUUUCUUUGGAGGUGGAUGAUAAAAUAAAGACAGAAAUAACAUACCAAAACCACCAGUCCCAGGGCUUCUACAUGGAUCCUGCUGAGGACAGUGGACAUGGGAACUAUUCCUUCUCUAAUCAUGGUGAUGAUAUGCAGUAUGAAUCUAACUUUGAUGCCCGUGGCUUGGAGUCAUGGUUGUUGCCAUUACGGUUAUCUCAAUCAAAUAAAAAGCUGGAGGACUCCAUCCACACACGUGGGGAAAUGCUAAAUGAUUAUUACAAGGGUGCAGUCAAGCAUUUAAGAAUUGCCCUUAAUGCAAAACCUCCUGUGUACGAGGCCUUUCUGCCUUUUGUACAGAUGCUGCUGCUUGGAAAUCACAUUGAUGAGGCUCUGGAUGAGGCUGAGAAGUUGUCUUACAAUUCAGAGAUGAUACUACCUUUAAGGGUAAAAGCUAGUCUACUGGAGCAUUUUGAUGGUGCCAAUUAUGUCAAGCUUUCAACCUGCUUUGAGGAUAUUCUGAAGAAGGAUCCAACCUGCAGCCACUCCUUGUUAAAGCUCGUGAACAUGCAUCAUAACGGGGACUAUAGCCCUCAGCACCUGUUAGAAAUGAUAGCGUUGCAUUUAGAUGCCACCUAUCCAGAAUGCAAUAUAUGGAGAGAGUUUGCGUCUUGCUUUCUCAAGAUUUAUAGCUGCGAAGAAGAUCGACUGUCAAUGUGCCUGGAUGGAAAAGAAGGCAUAAAUAAGCAACGAUGUUCUGUUCGUUUCAAUAGGAUUCCUGAAAUAUUUACCCAGGGAAUUUCUGGGAAGACUUGGAGGUUUCGUUGCAGAUGGUGGCUAACACGUCACUUCAGCCUGAACAUUAUCAAGUCAGAAAUUGAAGCAGGCGAUUUGCAACUCCUGACUUACAAAGCAGCCUCUGCAUCUCAUAUGUAUGGGCCACACUUUGAAUAUGUUGUAAAGGCUUACAUAGUUUUAGAAAACCAGGAUAGAGAUUUGUUCCUGUCGUUGAAAUUGCAUAUGCUCAAUUGUGUUGGAUUCUAUUCAAAUUUUGAUGGGAAGUAAUAUAUUUUGUGAGUGAGAAGAAACUUCUGGAAUUCUCUCCCCCCCUCCCCUCUUUUUUUUUUUUUAUUUACAUCCGAUACAGAACUGAGAAAGGAAAGAAGUCUAGUUGGUUGCAGUGGAGCUGAUAACCAAGUUAAAAAGGGUAAUGUUGCUCCAGCAAGAGCUCCAAGGAAAAAAAAAAGAUUUCAAAUAGGCUAUAUUGGAUUGAAUGAUAGACCGCAAGAGAGGACCAUAACUGGAAGAGAUGAUACUAAGUGGAAAUGAUGCAGAAUUUUGGACUAAAGGGAUCAAGGAGAAAGCUUAGGAGAUCAUGACAUGAACUUCAUGGCUGUGCUAGUGGUGUAUGAGCUUUGCUCCUUCCUUGUACAGUGGGGCAGUUAAGAGUGAGUUUGAUAGUUUUUUUUUUUUUUUUUUUUUCCCUUUAUUUUAUUUUCUUUUGGCUAAAUGAACCACAAAGGUGGACACAUACAGUUGUGACACAAAUACAAGCGACAGGAAAAGGAGGACCCGCAAGAUUAGCAGCGAUUGCUAAUUGGAACAGUGGCUUUAUAUUUAUGCAUGCAUUGUUUCACAUAUGAAUGAUGG